AGCAGAGGUAGACCAGGAGCAAAAACAAGGAAGAAGUCAUACUGAGGAGUUCUCGUCUGCGUGUCGGUGUGUGUGUUCAGCUCUCAGGAUUGUAGCAGAAACAUUUGAAGGAGGAGUUUUUUGUCCUUCCUCACACUCAACUGAAAGGUUUCUCCAGACCUGGAUAUGGACCUCCCCGACGCUCCCCAUGGGAAUAUGGGGCUGUUGAGGAACUUUGAUUCCCCCGAGUUUGGCAGCUGGGAGAAGAUCGGCUCGGGUGGCUUUGGACAAGUAUACAAAGUCCGUCAUGUACAGUGGAAAACAUGGCUGGCCAUCAAGUGCCCUCCCUGCCUUCACAUGGACGACAAGGAACGGGCCGAGCUGCUUGCGGAGGCCAGGAAGAUGGAGGCGGCCAAGUUCCGCUACAUACUACCCGUGUACGGCAUCUGUGAGGACCCCCAGGGCCUUGUGAUGGAGUACAUGGAGACGGGCUCCCUGGAGACCCUGCUGGCGGACGAGCCCCUGCCCUGGGAGCUGCGCUUCCGCAUCAUCCACGAGACGGCGGUGGGAAUGAACUUCCUGCACUGCAUGAGCCCGCCCCUUCUGCACCUGGACCUGAAGCCCGCCAACAUCCUGUUGGACGCGCACUACCACGUCAAGAUAUCGGACUUCGGCCUGGCCCGCUGGAACGGGCUGUCGCGGGCUGAUGACAUCAGCAGGGACGGGUUCUGCGGGACCAUCGCGUACCUCCCCCCGGAGAGGAUCAUCGAGAAGGACCGGGUGUCGGACACCAAGCACGACGUCUACAGCUUCUCCAUUGUCAUCUGGGGAGUUCUCACGCAGAAGAAGCCCUACCAAGGAGAGAACAACAUCCUCCAGAUCAUGGUGAAGGUGGUGAAAGGGGUGCGUCCCGACCUGGGGUGCGUGCCACGCAGUCGACCCCAGGCCUGCACGGGGUUCCUGGGCCUCAUGCAGCGCUGCUGGGCCACCUCCCCCGGGGCCAGGCCCACCUUUCAGGAAAUCACAUCAGAAGCUGAAGACCUCUGCUCCAAACCUCAGGAGGAACCGAAGAUCCCCAACCCAGAAUCGGAGCUGGCCUCCUGUAACAAAUUCCUCCCAGAUAAGGUGAAGGACAACAGGCCGGUGCGGCCUAAGUCGGCCAUGCUGCCGGAGAAGGACUGCAGCCUGUCAGAGCUGCUGAGCCAGGUGGACUCGGGGAUCUCCCGGAGCUUCGACCGGGUGAAAGAGGAGGGCGGCCACUGCAAGGAGGACACCUGCAAGAGGCUGUCGGGCAUCUCCUCCGUGGACUCUGCCUUCUCCUCCCAGGACUCCAUCUCCCUGUCCUUUGAGAGGGAGAGCACGUGUGAGUCGACAGAGACCCACAAGCGGAAGCUGUGCGACGCCAUCCGCACCAACGACACGGCCCGGCUCAUGAAGAUCCUGCAGCCCCAGGACGUGGACCUGCAGCUGGAGGGCGGGGGCGGCCUGCUGCACCACGCCGUGGCUCUGGCCAACGAGGAGGCGCUCAAGUUCCUCCUGCUCAACAACGCCGACCCCAACCUCGCCGACGGCCGGGGCUCCACGCCGCUGCACCUGGCCACGGAGAAGCACCUGAAGCCCCUGGCGGAGCUCCUGCUGAACCGCCGCUGCACCAACGUCAACGCCAAGGACGAGGACCAGCACACGGCGCUGCACUGCGCCGCGCAGAACGGCGACGAGGCCGUCGCCCGCCUGCUGCUGGAGCGCGGCGCCGCCCUCAACGAGACGGACGGCCAGGGCCGGACGCCCACCUACGUGGCGUGCCAGCACGGCCAGGAGAACGUGGUGCGCGUGCUGCUGAGCCGCGGCGCCGACGUGCACGUGCGCGGCCGGGAACACUGGACGGCGCUGCACCUGGCGGCCUGGCAGGGCCACCUGGGCAUCAGCAAGCUGCUGGUCAAGCAGGCGGGCGCCGACGUGGACGGGCAGACGGCGGACGGGCGCACGCCGCUGCACCUGGCGUCGCAGCGGGGGCAGUACCGCGUGGCGCGCAUCCUCAUCGAGCUGGGCGCCGACAUCCACGUGGCGGCGGACGGCGGCAACGCGCCGCUGCACGUGGCGGCGCUGACGGGCCACACCAGCACCUCGCGGCUCCUGGUGAAGCACGGGGCCGACCUGCGGGGCCGCAACGCGCAGGGGCGCACGGCGCUGCACCUGGCCGCCCAGCGGGGACACCUGGCCACGGUGAAGAUGCUGAUGGAGGAAGGGGCGGACCCCCGCGGCGAGGACAAGGCCCUGCGCACGCCCUGCCACCUGGCGUCCGAGGGCGGGCACGGCGAGGUGGUGAAGGAGCUGCUGAGCGUCUGCCCGGACGGCGCUGGCCUGUCGGACCACCAGGGCCUCACCCCGCUGCACCUGGCCCUGCAGGGGGGGUACACAGACGUCAUCACGCUGCUGCUGCCGGAGGGCGAGGCGCUGGCGCUGGCGCCGGGGCCCGUGGUGCGGCAGGACUCUGUGGAGUUGGUGGAGGAGACGCCGGGGCCCGCGGUGCGGCGGGACCCUGGGGCGGAGGUGGAGGAGAGGCCGGUGGCACCGGUGCCCGUGGUGCGGCGGGACUCUGGGGAGGUGGUAGAGGAGAGGCCGGGGCCCGUGGUGCGGCGGGAAUCUGGGGAGGUGGUAGAGGAGAGGCCGGGGCCCGUGGUGCGGCGGGACUCUGUGGAGGAGAUGCCGGCGACGCCUCCGCCGACGGAGAGCCCCCGCAAGACGCAGGCUGCCAAGCCGCUCCUGAGGAAGGUGGUGAUACUCAAACUGACGGAGCACGACCGCAAGGAAACGUCCCCGGACACGACCGUCCAUCGGUGGUCCACGGAGCUCUGAUGACCGCGUGACGCGUCGUUGUACAGGACUGUAUAGAUCUGAUUUUUUUUUUUUUGCUAGGAUCCCACGUCAUUCGGUUGUAAAGUUCACGUGUUUGACUCUUUUUUUUUUUUUUUUUGGGCCAUCAAAUGCAGCUGGAAAAUAGUUCUGGCCAAAGGGGUUGAUUCUCUGGUGUUUUAAGGCUUCAGAUUUGUAUUUAGUUUUUUUUAUCAGUGGGAAACGUUUUUAUGUAAAUAUGUACAAUGUAAAUACAAUGUGUAUAUAGUCCAAAAUAUUUUGAGUUUAGUCCCUUUUUUUUUUUCACCUAAAGACAUGCAUUUGUAAUCAGAAAGUAUUUGGAUAUUUUCCAGUAGUAUUUUUCCCUCCUAUGCACCCCUUUCUUCAGUGUUUCUUAAACAGUAUGUCCAUAAGGUAUAAAUACAAAGCCCAAUACUCUGGAUGAUAUGGGCCAAAGGAUUGUGACAUAUCUUACCUUUUGAUUGCUGGUGUUAGAUGAAUUUGUACAGCAUCAUUACCAAAAUAAGUCUAGACUACAAAGAUGGUCGUCUAAAAAUCCAUCUAAGAAUGUGGAAUAUUACUUUCUCACAUGCUACCAUUUCUUUAUUUUUUCACAUGGAUAAAUCUAAAAAGCAUCAGUCAAAGCUAAUCUAGAGAACCAGACUUCUUAAAUAUCAUUGACCUAAAGUAAUGACACAUUUUGUAAAAAAAAAUAUGUUUUGCAUUAAUUAGUGAAGAAAAAUAUGAUAAUGGGUUUGAAUUAUUGUAUUCUAUCAUUUUUCUUUUAUAUACUGUCCGUGCCUGAUCAAAUAGAACAUGUAUUCAGUAAGGUUUUAUUAUCACAUUGCUACAAAUGUCUGAUCUAUCUCUACAGGUCAAUUCAUUCCAAUUUAAAGUAAUAACCUAAUGACAAUGAAGGUAGCUUUGUUUAAACACUGUCAAGUUGAUCAUUUACCGCCUCCAAUGCAGUUUGAAGGAUUGAAACAUGCAUUAAUUUAUCCUCUGCAUCCAAAGAAAUAUAAAAGCGAUACUGCCCAUCUCCAAACUCUUGUUUUGUUCAUGCAUUCUUGCUGUGCAUUGUUAAACAUUAAAUGUUUUUUUUACAAUCAA